AACCAAAAUGACGACGGAAGCCAUCAAUCCGAAAGCAUAUCCGUUGGCCGAUGCUCAGCUGACCAUAACAAUUCUUGAUCUCAUCCAACAAGCUGCCAAUUAUAAACAGCUCAAGAAGGGUGCUAAUGAAGCGACGAAGACCCUGAAUAGGGGUAUUUCGGAGUUUGUGGUGAUGGCAGCAGACACAGAGCCACUUGAAAUCCUUCUCCAUCUGCCCUUACUUGCAGAGGACAAGAAUGUGCCAUAUGUCUUUGUUCCUUCAAAGCAAGCCCUCGGGCGGGCAUGUGGGGUCACAAGGCCUGUGAUCGCUUGUUCCGUUACGAGCAAUGAAGGCAGCCAGUUGAAAUCCCAAAUACAGCAACUCAAGGACGCCAUCGAGAAGCUCCUGAUCUAGGCAUCGAAACCCCUUUCGGCGUGAUGGGCACUCUCUAGAGGCUUGGACUGAUGAAGUUGUUGUGACACUUUGGAAGUGAGUCUUUUUCUUUGUUUUUCUCUUUUCUUAGGCUUUUCUUUUCUCCUUUUUAUUUCCGGCAAAGCGUUCUAAUGCUAUCGUAGGCAGCCCUAUUUAGAUAUGCAUUUGAGGUUGGAUUGAUAAAACUACCAUAUUUUGUAGCGUAUUGCAUGCUUAUUUAUGCAUAACUCAUGGAUGCUAUAUGGGGAUUACAGAAGUGAGAGAUAUGUUCUACAAAUAGAAACAUAAUUACGGCUUUGGAAGUAGGAAACAUGUCUAUUUUAGUUAUCCAAGCGGAAUUCCUUGA